AUGGCGUUUCCCUCACUUGCACUAGCAACAACACUAUUCAUUUUUAGUUUUUACACCGUCCAUGGCUCAUUCGCCGGCGACGAUUCAUUAACCAUCAAUCUCCUCCACCGAGAUUCCAUCGAUUCCCCCUUUUACGAUGGUUCCAUGACGUUUUCUCAACGCUUGGGCCACGCUUUGCAACGCUCUUUUAACAAUGCCAAACGAUAUAAAUGUGUCACAAGAGGUUCCACAUACAAAGCCGAUUUAAUCCCCGAUCACGGGGAAUUUCUCAUGAACAUUUCCUUCGGAAAUCCGUCGCAUAUAGUCCUAGCUAUUGCCGACACCGGUAGCGACUUAUCGUGGAUGCAGUGUAAGCCUUGCAUUCAAUGUUAUGAGCACACGGGUAUACCUUUUAACCCGAAGAGCUCAUCAACAUAUGAACCCGUUGGAUGUAAAUCUAAAACGUGCAACGCGUUAUCUUCUUCGCUCGAUACUAGGUGCUCGUCGAGGAAAAACUGUCAGUUUUUUGAGAGUUACGCCGACGGAUCUUUUAGCAACGGUACGGUGUCAACAGACACCGUCACGUUAGGUAAACGCGUCCUAAAAAAUAUAGUUUUUGGUUGUAGUUUUUAUAAUGACGGUGUUUUCCAACCAACAUGGGGUGGGAUCAUUGGCCUUGGUGGAGGUGAGUACUCUCUAGUGUCACAAAUAAUAAAAUAUGUGCCGGCUAAGUUUUCAUAUUGUUUGAUUCCAUUUCCUGACACUGAUGGUAUAUCAAAUAAAACUAGUAAAAUGGUUUUUGGUAACUUUGACUUUGGCCCAAAUGUUGUAUCCACUCCACUUGUCCAAGGGAUCACAAAAACAUUUUAUCAUGUAACAUUGGAAGGGAUAAGUGUCGGUAAUACGCGGGUAGAUAUGCGCGACCACUCGAAUUCCUCAAAGCCGGUGCCGAAAGGAAACAUGAUCGUUGAUUCAGGGACAACGUUAACGAUGUUACCUGCAAAACAAUACAAUGAGUUCGAGAGGGCGGUUAAGGACGCUAUUAAUGUUAGGACUAUCAAAGAUCCACAAAAAACAUUGGAUUUGUGUUAUCGUUCCGCGAAAGUGACCAAAAUGCCUAAAGUGACGAUGCAUUUCGAUGGGGCGGAUGUCGAGUUGAGUCGGGAAAACGUUUUUGUGACGGUCAGUAAGCAUAUUAUGUGCUUGGCAUUUUCAUCUACUACAAGCAUCCCGGUUAUGGGUAACUUGGCUCAGAUUAAUCAUUUGGUUGGUUAUGACUUAGAAAACAAAAUGCUGUCGUUUAAAACUACUGACUGUCAAAAGAUGUAG